AUGGGUGGCUAUGGCAGUCCGUCAAUUCGGUGGGAUGGAGGAGAGUCCUCGCAACACACAAGGUCAGCCUCGCAUGGACGAAGUGAGAACUCAUCGGGCUCAUCUGAUUCGAGGAGAAGAAUGGUGAAAGUUUGUGGGUGUGGAGUUGAAGCUCCGUUGCUGACUUCGUGGACUGGGGAUAACCCUGGGAGGAGGUUCUACGGAUGUGGUCUGUUCAAGGUCCAUGGUAGACGACUGUGCAGGUUCUUUGAAUGGUAUGAUGAUGUUGGGAAUGCCAGGGAGAAGAAGGUUAUUGCCUUGCUUACGAGAAAGAAUGCUGAGAUGAAGAAAACAAUCACAGUCCUUAUUGCUGAUGUGCAUCAGGAUUACCCUGAUCUCAACCAGCAAAAUUUCAAGUAG